AACCUUUUCCCCCAAAUUGGCAAGUUUCUGUGGGUUUAUUUCCCAUUCAAUUAUAUUUAUUAAUUAAUUCAUUCCUCAUUUAGAUUAGAUGUUCCAAAAAUUACCACUAAUUUGUUAUCUUGUAUUUGGAGAUUCAAAUUCACCAAUAACACAUAUAUAGAGCACAAUAGAGACAUGUUAUGAACCAAAUAUCCCAAAAGCUCAAGCUGUUUGGUAAAAACACAUGAAAAUAUGCCCCCUCAUGCAAGAGUUCUUUGACCCAAUUGACUCUUGCAUGAACAAUGCACAGUCCCACCUACCUUGUGCUAAAACUCAACUUUUUAAAUCGAAUAAUGGGGGCAACAAGUAUUGAACUCCAAGUAUUGAACCAACUAUCUAAGCUUAAUUUUUUGGGUGAAGACACAUGAGUGGUUUUACAAUAUAUUUCUAACAAGAACAAUGUAGGAUAGAUACUAAUCAUAAUGAAAUAAAAAAAGCUUCUAUUCAUAACAAAAGAGCACUUUCUUCCCAUCACAUGGGAAGGGAGGUAUAUGAACAGGUGGUAGGUGCUGAUGAGUGUUUUUUCAUUGCUCGAUUAUGACAUUUUGCUUCUUCAUGUGGUAAAAGAUGGAGCACGCAAUGGUUAUUCUUUGCAAUUUGAGGCGAAAAAGUCGUUCUAUUUCACCCAGAGGUCGCACAAGUCCUUCUACAACUCCACGGCGUCGUAAAAGCCGAUCCCCAACUGCCAAACGAUACAGAAGACAUAGAAGUAGGAGCUCCUCAUUGUCUCCUACUCGUAAAUCUUCCAGUCCAAGCCUUGAGUCAGUAGAGCACAAAACAGCCAUUGAAAAACAAAAGAAAGAAGAAGAGAAGAAAAGGCGUCAAAAGGAAGCAGAGUUGAAAUUAAUAGAAGAAGAGACUGCAAAGAGAGUUGAAGAAGCAAUUCGUAAGAGAGUUGAAGAAAGCUUGAAUUCUGAGGAGGUUCAGGUGGAGAUUCAGAGGCGGUUGGAAGAGGGACGAAAGAGACUUAUUGUUGAAGUUGCAGUUCAACUUGAAAAAGAAAAAGAAGCUGCUCUUAUUGAGGCUAGAGAGAAGGAGGAACAAGCUCGUAAAGAGAAGGAAGAUCUUGAUAGGAUGCUUGAGGAGAACCGGAAGAAGAUUGAAGAAGCUCAGAGAAGGGAAGCUCUGGAGCAGCAAAGAAGGGAGGAGGAACGAUAUAGGGAGCUAGAAGAGAUACAGAGACAGAAAGAAGAAGCCAUGAGAAGGAAGAAACAAGAGGAGGAGCAAGAACGUUUAAAUCAAAUAAAGUUGUUAGGAAAAAACAAGUCCCGACCAAAGUUGUCAUUUGCUCUUGGAUCCAAAUGACAACUUCUAUAUCUUUUUGUUUGAUCUAAAGUGUUUGUGCUCAAGACCACAUUUGCAUCUGUAAUUUGACAUAGCCUUGGGUUUAAUGUGACACCAUCAUUACUCUUUCUAAUUUGUAUUACAUUUCAUUA